UCUUUCCAGGAUCAUUAACAAGUGUUUCAUAUAACAUUCCUCUCUAACCACAAGCUUCAUUAUGAACCUUCCGGUGAAGUGUUGAAAAGAACGCCUUUUAACCGAUAUAUAAACACCAGGAAGUUGCCCAGAAACUAUAAAUGCCAGGAAGCUCUUCACAGACAAUAAAUUCCAGAAAGCUGCUCAGAAGCUAUAAAUGCCAGGAAAUUGUUUAGAAAAUAUAAAUGCUGGAAAGCUACUCAGAAACUACAAAUGCCUGGAAGCUGUUCAGAAACUAUAAAUGCCCGGUUGUUCAGAAACUAUAGAUACCAGGAAGCUGUUCCAAAACUAUAAAUCCCAGGAAGUUAUUCUGAAACCAUAAAUGCUUGAGUUAGAAAAGCAUCAGAUUUAGUGUGUGUCGCUGAACAGAUUAAAGCUCCGUGACACAAGGCGACAGGCCCCGUCAGUCUUCGUGAGCUCGGAGACAAGAACGGUUUUUCUCUCAAAUUCAAGGACUUUUUAACGGGAAAGGACUCCGGAUAAUGAAAUCACCGUUAGGAAUGUGAGCGGUGUGAGUUCCGGGGGAAAAAGAGAUGUGAAUUUUGAAGAAAGCGAAGGAAAAGGGACGUGGAAAAGGAAAUUGCAUUGUGAAAGCAGUGAUUAUGAUAUAUUGCUUGUUGAAAUGAUGCACUCGUAGAAUGCAUGUACUUUUACCUACAAAAUGUUUUAUUACUUAUGAACAAAACAAAGCUUGACACUAGUGAUAGAAUAAAAAAAAACAAAAAAAAUUGAAUUAACUUACUGAAAUAUUGUGAGGCAUAAACAAAGAAAUAAAUAAUCUCUUUCGCUUUUUUGACUCUGACGAAAACGACAUAUAAUAAAAACCUUGCCUACAGAGCAGGUGUCAACACAAUUUGACAAAAGAGAGAAAAGUGUGCUGACACCAAGAUGUCAGCAGCCGUGUGCAGUGUCAGCAUGGUCAUCUUCUACUUCUUGGCGUUCAUGCUGUCAUUAGUAUGGACGCACGCGGAGUACAUAAAGGAUCACCCUGGCAGGAACUCCCCAACGGCGCCCACAGGACCUCAUUUCCUCACGCCCGCCUCUCAGAGGAAUGUCAGCACCACUCUUGGCCAGACGGCGUACUUGCACUGUCGCGUGGCGCAGCUCGGCGAGAAGCAGCAAGUGUCAUGGAUACGAAAGAAAGACCUGCAUGUAUUGAGCUCCGGCAUGCUGCUCUUCGCGUCUGACCUGAGGUUCCAGGUCAUCCACCCGGAAGGAACGGACAAGUGGACGCUGCAGAUCAAGUACGCCCAAGUGCGUGACGCGGGCGUGUACGAGUGCCAGGUGAACACAGUGCCCAAGAUCUCCCAGUCGUACUUCCUUAGCGUCGUGGCAUCCAGAGCGAGUAUUCACGGCCCGGAGUACGUUAAGGCUGGCAGUACCAUCAACCUCACCUGCGUCAUUAACCAACCCCACAUGCAAGGCCUUGUACACUGGUAUCACAACGGGGAAAUCCUUGACUACGAAGGCCCCGUGUCCAUUGCGACCCGUGGCGACCACAUGAGCACCGUCUCUCACCUCACCAUCAAGGAAGCCACGCCCAAGCACUCGGGGAACUACACCUGCUGGCCGACGUCUGCCCACUGGGAUUCCAUCCUUAUCAACGUUGUUGUGGAAGGUGAGCAACCGGCUGCGAUGCAGACGGGCGUGGGCGUGGCCCCGUCCGCCGGGAUUCUCACGCCCAUACUACUCCCCCUCCUUCUUCAAGCCCUCAGCAACGCCCUCGUUCUCCCGCUGGCGCUCAGAUGAUGAAAUUGCCCGCGCCAUGACCUCUCUCGGAGUGGAUGAUGUGUGUUGCUUGUGAUAUUACUAAAUAGCCACGUAUUAUAGCUUAAGCAGUGAGGCGCAAAUUGGGCCAGAGCGGCGCCGGCACCAGGAGGCGAAAUGCUCUCACGCCAAGCGCGGCGACGUCACCGCUGCGACGUCGACCACGGCGGCCGACCACUGCAGCGCCUUGCAAGGGAGUUAAUUUGGCGCCAUCUACAGCAGUAUGGUCUUUGUGAUGCCAUGCUCAGCAAAAUGAUUUGAAAAAACGUUAAGCUGUCAAAUGGCAAUGACAAUAUUUGUACCAGAUAACUCCGACGAUGCACAUUGUCGCGUGGUAAGCAGUGUUGUGUCCGUUACUGAGGCAAGUGCACAAAAGGAAAUAAAUGCCAAAGACGAAAAAUUAAUCAUUCCAAAUACUUGAACACUGAAAGGAAGCUAACAUGAUUCCCUGUUUAUAUGUGAAUCCUCUGUGCUGCCGCGAAGACAUACAAACGGUAAUAUUUGAAAUCCAAGUGUAUGUCACCAAUUGCGGUUCUAGUAUAGCAUCUCUCCAGGAAUAUUUUACUCUUUGCCAAUCAUCUGUCAAAAAGAUGUUGUCAUCUGCCUUGAGCACAAUCGGAGAGUAAGAACAAAAAGUUUAGAAUUAAAUGAAGAAAAACAUAGUGUGCUGUCUAGAGCAUUGUUAAGCAAUCAUUUUUUCAAUAUAUAUUUUUUGAUGUGUGCACUAUUAGCCACAUGUCUUGAUGUGGUAAUUUGUCAAAAAAAAAGAAAAAAAAAAGAUAAAAAAUAUUCGAGGCAGAAAAUUUGGAACACUGUAAAUUAGGUAGCUGUUUAGUAGCAUUUUCAAAGCAGCAGUGACUAAACCAUCUUGCAGACAGCCAGCUGUUUCGAAAGAGAACUAUCAGAUACAUUAAAAUUGUGGAAACACUCGUUGGGAAGUGAAAAAAAAAAACACGUAAACAAAUAUACUUAAAGUUGUAUCAUUACAUAAGAACAGCAUCUUUGUUUGUAAGGAAAUGAAAUGAUGCAUAAGGUAACUCAAACAUGCAGUUCGUAGAAGCAUAAGUUCGCUACCACAGGAUCAAAACAUCUUUGCGAUCAACAUCAAUGUAAUACAGACUCUAGACCACAAGAACUCUCUUGUGCCUAGAAUAUAUAGCAUUAUAAAUAGAAAAUAAGGAAACAUAUUGCAACAUACAGACAAUCAGAAGUCAGGAUAAUGAACGAGUAGCCAGGAAUAGAGUGAGAGUUCUACAAGAGCCAGCUGUCUGGAUGAUGAAAAUAUAUAGUCUACCACUGUCCUUUGUUCUUGUCACUGAUACCUGUCAGGUUGCAGCCAUGGAGGGCAGAGUUGCUUGCACAGGAUCACCCGUCUUAUGUGUCUGUGUGUAAUAUAUAUUUUUGAAUGUCAGGAAGAACCAAGAAAAUAAAGGAAGAAAUAUGAACAAUAAUAAAAAAAAAACACGGAUACAAUUUUGCUAUUGUGUGGAAAGGUCAUUGUAAUAUAUUAAUAAAACUACA